AUGGAGGAUUCCACAAUUGACAGUAAACCAGGUCAGGGCGACUCCUUAGGUAGGGCCGGAUUUACAAAUGUAGACGCAACUGCUGACAUCCUGGUCCCUUCGUCGCAGACUGCGGUUGAGGCAAAGGCAUCCUAUCCCACCCCUGCUGUUGGCAGUGGAGGCUUCAGCAACAGUGCAUUCUGCAGAAUCGACGGUAGUGGAUCUGGUGGUGGACGCGCAAGCAGCAGAUGCUGUUCGGUAGUUGCUGCAGACCAUUCCUCUGGCGGCACGCCAGUGCAGCGUCUCUUUUGUGCCGAUCCUCUGCACGCAUCGACGAUCUGCGUUGGCUCAUUUGAGCAGCAGACCAACUCUAGCGUGCCGGGGGUAGCAGCGGGAGAACUUCCUGAACUUUGUACGGCAUCUGAAACUGGUGCGUUGGCACCCUUGAGGCGUACAGAAACGGAUGUAGAGGAUAAAACGCCGAACCCGUUGCUGCAGCGUGAAUAUCGGGAGGGCGGUGAUGGUGGUGCCGAAGAGGGAACAGCAUGCGUGGAAGGAGAACACCGCGGCGGUCCGACUGAUACGCCAUCUACAUCUCGUGGGCGUAGUGGAGGUUGCGUCGGGGCGACGCAGACACCAGGCAAAGACGCCAGCAAUCUGCCAGAUGCCCAACCCGCAGCAAGCGGAGUCGAAGCCGCAGCGCCCAGUGGUGGAGUCUCUUGGACGCAGUCAGAAGGGAGAGCAUAUCAGGCCCGUCUGGAUGAGCUGGUCCUCCUCUCCUUCAAUGCGGGACUUCUCGAGUACAAACUUUGCGGCCUCCGCGUGUACCAGAACCCCCCGUUCACUCAGCGUCGUCUUCACCACAUCCCGGCGGCGCUGCUGUCCACUGGAGCUGACAUAAUUUGCCUUCAAGAGGUUUAUGGAGACAACCACGCGGACUUCAUCAUCGAGAGCACUCGCCACAAGCUGCCUUUCGUUGGCCGCCGUACUUCGGGGGGUCGCUUCUCCCUUCACAACGGCCUCAUGGUCCUCAGCAAGUAUCCAAUCGUCCACACUCAAUUUCACAAAUUUGAAGAUGUGACGUACAUAGAGCGAUGCUUUGCUUCGAAGGGGAUGUUGGAAGUAGCUGUAGACGUUCCCUCUAUUGGCGUCAUCGCCAUUUUUAAUAUUCAUUUGGCUAGUGGAGCCGUCGACCCCGAGUCCCGGUAUGUAGAGGACGUGCGAGCAGCAGAGAUACGACAACUCUUGAAAGCCUGUGACGCUGCAGCAGACAGGGGUCAUGUUCCUCUUGUCAUCGGCGACCUCAACGCCGCUCCUCACCUAUGCGCUUCGAACUACAAAUGCUUUGUGGAGCGAGGUUGGCGGGACUGCUGGUUGCACGUUCACGGGCAUCAGCGCCAUUUGCUGCAGCAUCAUUUGCUACAUCAGCAACAGUUGUUGGAAGAGCAGCAACUAGACGAUCAGGGAAUAGAACUUCACGACCGGCAUAUUCGCCGGGAUUUGUUCGUGCGCGUUAGGCGACAGCGGCGCAUGAAGCUGCGGCGAGGUCCGGAGGUUGAGGCGCUGCAACCACCGCCCCAAGCUCCACCCCAAGUGGCGCCGGCUUCAGCACAUACGAAGGCCAUGCAGCAGAGCCACAUCAGCAGCUCUCAGGCCACCUCCCCUCGUAUUCCCACUGUGAGCUCUGAUGCAGACUCCAGUGAUGCAGAAAGAGAGCAGAAGCAACAGCUGUUAGGGCAGCGACACAGACAGGCGGGGUUCCUCCCCCGCAGGAACGGUGGAUCGCGAGAACAGUCCAUGGGCGGAAGCAGCAGCACGGUACAGCGAGGUUCCAACUGCUCUUUCGGAGGUACUACUAACUACACUUCGAAUCUGGAGGCUGGUCGUAGCUCACCGGCGGAUACUAGCCGUGAUUUUUCUCGGGGGGGAUCGCUAGAGCUUUGCAGUAAUAGCUCUAGCGAUGCCACUGCUGCAGGACCACGCAGACCCCAACGCAGGAGCAAAAGUGCUUUAGGCGGCCGUAUUGAUGAUGAAGAGGAAAUACAGCCUGCAAGGGGUUUAUUGGGGGGUUAUUUUGGCAGAGCAGGGGGAGGCGUCCAGCUUCCUUUAGCCUUUGAACUGCCGGCUGCUGCAGCUUGGGCGCACCGCGAGUUUUUCCUGACGGCAAAGCGACGACUCAUCGAGCAGCAGCAGAAGUGGCUUGGAGGAGGGGACAAAGCUCCUGUGUUAGAUGUCCGUCUUUCCCUUUCUGCUCCGCAGCAGCACCAGCGAGGAGUGGAUGCGACUCCCCUUGCUAGCGACUGCUCUCUGGCUUCAUGCAGCACAGCGCUUACAGCGGCACGCAGUGGCGACACAGCUUUACUCCCAGCGAAAGCGUGGCGCUCUGGAUUUAUUGCGGCAGCACCCGUCGAUAACCAGUGGCCUAACGACGGGGCGGAUGGCACUGUUGCCGAUUGGCUGCUGUCCGACACAGACGAAGAGACGGAAUCAGGCGAAAGCCGCGACGCCGUCAUACAUUGCGCCCCCGAAGAUGAUCGGGUUUCUUCCACAUCAUGCUCAAGAAGAGACUUCACGUGGGACCCUGAGAACCCUCUGAACUCUAUAGGGCCUCACGCGGGCUGUCAUGGGCUUCGCUGCGAUUAUGUAUUCUUGCCUCCCCACCAGUUUGCUGGCGGUUUAUAUCCCUUUCUGCCUGUUGCUGCCGACAUUCUGAUGCGGGAUCCUCGUGUUCUGGUUGACGCAUGCUGUUUUGGUUGCUUUGGGGAAGUGAUGCUCGUGACACUCAGUGACCACUAUGCUGUUCGCAUUACCUUGCGCCGAAGCACCGACACAGAUAUUGCCGACUUUUGGGGUUCCUGUGCUGCGGAAGCGGCGGCCCUCCGGUCCGCUGCUGCAACAGCAAGGGACCAACGAGCUGCUGACCAAGCGGCUAGCUUGCAAGCGAACGACUAG